CGCACAACCAACGCUGGGAAUACUUGUGCGGCAUCAUUCACUUUGUUUCCACAUUUGAGCAAUGUUUUGCUUCAUCAUCGCGAGGGCCCAAUACAUACGUCUGUUUCGACAGUCACCGUAAAUAUCAAGCACAUGCAUCGUAAUUUCAUCAACCAAAUUCAACUCGUCAUUACCUGCUCUGCCAUAUAGGUAUAGAUCAUUAUCUGUAAUGAUAAAAACGAGUGCAAAACAUUGUAUACUUAGCAAACACUUUCUACCACACAGACUCGUACGUAUUUUCAUACCGAUAUCUUCCUUGAUUGAUUGCCAGUGGCACAUCACCGAUCCGCGUACUUUCUCCGCAGAUUAGUUUAAGUAGACUUUUUGUUCAAUUAUGAAUUACGUCGGCCGUACGACAGCAUUUGUUAAUUUCCUCUGCUGGACGAGUAAUCGAAAGAAAUUAGAUUGAAUUUAGAUUGGGGCGGACGGGCCGGGCGGUGGCGCGCGGUAAUUGUAGAGUGCUGAACGUUGCCGAGUGCGAGCGUGCGGCGGCCUCGCCUCAGUCCGUGCUGCGCCGCCGCUCCGGCCGCGUCUCUCAACAACACCACCACCGAACUUUACAAUGAUUUAACUAAAUAUGGCCGUCAGUGCCGACACGUAAUAAAUCCUUCGUGGGUGAGCUCAGCGCGGAUGGAAAAUGAGCGAGGAACAGGAACAGUGUGACUCGUUCAACUCAUGGGAGCUGAACGGCCUCAACUCCCUGGACCUGUGGGACUACACUGUCGAGCUGGAGUGCCUGCAAGGAACCGAAGAUUUGCAGUUGGCAGCAGAACUCGGCAAAACCCUGUUGGAGAGGAACAAGGAACUCGAAACAGCUCUUCGUCAACACCAGAAUGUCAUCGAAGACCAAGCACAGGAAAUUGAGUACUUAACAAAACAAACAGUCGCUCUGCGCGAGGUAAACGACUCGCGGCUGAGGAUCUACGAGCAGCUGGAGGUGAGCAUUCAGGACCUGGAGCGAGCGAACCACAGACUAGCCGUCGACCAUGCUGCGGAGAAGAAACACAUUAAAACACUGUGCGCAAACAUUGAAACGCUCGAGAGCAAAUGCGAGGAUCUACAAAAGACUGUGGAUGACCUGAAUGCCCAACUAGAGAUAUCAAGGCGAAGGGCAGAAAGGAAACCCGAAAUUGAAAAACCCAAAGAAAAAGAGAAAUCUGUUGAACUCACUCUAAGCGUCAAAAAGUCUGACGUAAGCAGUACACCGAUCAAGACGGUAGCACCUCUCCCAGAACUGACUAAAGAGGAUGAGGACUUACUCAGGCUUAGUGAUGAGCUCAGAGAGAGCAAGGUGGCAUUCGCACAAGAACAGAGGCGGGUGACUGAACUGGAGGAGCAGUUGGCGUCGAUGGUACAGGAGAACAACAGGCUACACGACCAGUUCAGGAAUUGGCAACAAAGAGAAGAUGAGCCGAAAUCCAUGCACGAGGAAUUCUCGAUCCUUGAAGAAGUCAGGCAAGGUCAACUGUGCAUAAGAUGUCUAAGAGGCGUCGAGCGAGGAGACGAUAUGUCGUCAAUGCUCGAUGGAGAUGACGAUGACAGAAGUGCUAUCAGCUCUCUUAUCCUGCCUCCAUCUGGUCAAGAUAGCCCCAGAGAAGAUCUCGUCACAAACAAACUUGUCAAAUUCGACAAUGCCAAGGAAAAGUUACUUCAGGGUAUAUGGGCAAAUAAAGAAGAUGGCCAUGAUAACCCCUACAGAGAACUGGUGCAGAAGUACGAAGCUUUGCUUGAAGUUCAACUGUCACAGGUCAAGAACAUAAGAAAGACCAAGCAGACCACUUUGCCCAGCAAUCAGAAUCCGUGCGGCCCGCUUUCUCUUCAGGAUGAACUGCAAACGUCUGGAGACUACAGUCAGUUCAGUGUCAAAGAUACUGACGAGGAAAGCGGCCACGGAGAAGAGGCCCAAAAAGGAGUCAGUCAACCCAAAAAGGUUGAUACCACUUCAAGGAAGAAGAUUAUCCAAACUCCAGACUUUUCGGAGGCAGAAACAUCAAGCUCUGGAUUUUCGGAUGAAACCAGCAACAAAGCUACGCAAACGGAACGCGAGCGACCAGGCUCAUUCCUCUGCACAAUUGCUGACGGGGAAGACUACCGAUUCAGUAUUUAUGAUGACGUCAGCCCUAUGGACAGUCGCUUCCGCAACAGACCGGAAUACCGUGAAUUAUUCAAAGAAAUCUUCACCAUCCUCAAGAAGGCGGCGGAGAACAAGGACGAUGGAGAGCAGCUCCCACUGCUCGAUGACACCACAGCCGGUAAAGUACCGCCCGUCACUCCCGCAAACGAAGAGGCACCCGGUAACUUUACCGACGACACACAAAGCGUAUUGUCGUCCGUUAUGUCUGAACAGUCGAUUCCAGUGUCCGAUAUUACCGUACCGGAUACUCCUACAUUAAAAGAGAAAGAAAUUCCACAACCAGAAGUGGCUAACAAGGAAGAAAACGGAAACAAAGAGAACAAGCCAGUGGCGGAGAGCACCACGGAGAAGCCUAAACCAAGCCCUGCUCGUCAACCCAAGGAGCACGUCAGCGAGCGAGCGAGAGACCAGACAGACGGCCAAAAGGAGAAGGAAAAGGAAAGGAAGGAAAAGGAGAGGAAGGAAGAGAAGGAACGUGUACUUACUCCGCUGGUGCGUCAGCCACUGGAAUACAUAGCGGCUACUAGAAAGAAGUCCAGACAUCGCAAUCGCAAACACAGCCAGGACCGCCAGGGAGCAGACUCUCCAGUCUUCCCUUCGCCGCCUAAAAUAACUUACCAGAAAUCAUCGAACAAGAAGAGGAGGGACUACAGGCCGAUCGAGGUGAGCCCCCUCGCCCGAGCGACUGAGAACGAGUGGAACGGCUCCACGCUACAGUUCUACAACAGGAACUUGAACUCGCCCACACCAAGCGCCAGCGGCCGGACGGGCAAGAUAUACCAGGGAUGGAACCCCGAGACCGACUCGUGGGACAUCAAACAGAGCACUGCGUCGCAGGAGAUACAUAAACUGAGGAAGCUAGAGCUUUCCUACGCAGAAGUAUUAAGGAACGCCGACAAAACUAAACCCCGGCGCAAAAAACAUCAGUAAAUAUUUUAAUUCAUCGACCCCCUCUUACUUAUAGUAAGAGUCGAGUGAUCCAACAGCCAUUUGUCAUUGCCAACUGGACAUAAGUAAUUUAGAUUAGUAUUUGUGAUCUGGUAGUGUAACUUUUUAAUUUUUACCUAUAUAUUCACAAUCGUAAAUUGCCAUAAUAAACCGGUAUAUUUGUUGUAUACCAGUAUAUUUAUGUAUGUAUACUUUCAAUAGUCCUAUAAUACAAUUUUAAUUUAUUGAACUUUCAUAUUAAUUACCCUUCCCUCCGAUGUCACAAUGUAUUUCAAACGAAAUAUACUCGCAUUUAGAACCAGAGCACCUAUGUCUCAAGAUAGUUGUACUGCCUGAAAUUGAGUUCAAUUCGUUUAUUUUCACUGAAUAAUUUAAUUUCUUACUAUUUUAGUCAUUAUUUUAAUUGUAUAUUAUGUAUUUGAUCUUUGAUUUGUAAAUAUGCAUUUUUAAGUUAAUUAUAUUUUUUUAAUUGCCAUCGAUAAUUUUCGAAUAUUUCGAACAACGCGUUUUAUGUAUGCUGAAGAUAUUUAAUGGAGACAAAGUGAGAGAGAGGUUGAAGGUAUAAAUAAAAAUUUGCAUUGAUA